AUGGAACCAAAACCAAACAUUGCGAUACUCGGGGCUGCGGGUCUGGCAAACCUGGAUGGCCGACCCUUCACUGGUUCUGCCGCCCAAUUUCUGCGGAACGAAGUUCAAUGGCUGAAUGAGCCGAGAAAAGUGAUUUGGUGCCUCCAUGAUGAAAGCGCUAUCAAGCCAUAUCGAGUGGACACCCAAGCUGCGACCGACUUGGUGCAUUCAGAGACUAAAUCUCGUGUGUGGAUGUUGAAGCCUGGUACUCUGUAUCAGCUCUUCGACUGA